GAUCGCUCGGAACUGGGAAAGCAGCGUAAUCGGUAAAAUCUCGAUCAUUUCUUCAAUUGAGAAACAUUUUCCAUAUUUUUAUGAGAAUCUCAAAUCGAAUUAUUUGUUUAGAUCUUCUCUUUUAUUAGUCUAUGAAUGGAUUAGUUGUAGGUAGGGAGUGAUUUGAGUUUUGGUCAGGAUGUCUAUGGUUGAUGAGCCUUUAUACCCGAUUGCUGUGCUUAUCGACGAGCUAAAAAACGAUGAUAUUCAGCUUAGAUUGAACUCUAUUAGACGGCUUUCUAUCAUUGCUCGUGCUCUUGGAGAGGAAAGGACUAGAAAAGAGUUGAUUCCAUUUCUUAGUGAGAACAAUGACGAUGAUGAUGAGGUGCUUUUGGCGAUGGCGGAAGAGUUGGGGGUUUUUAUUCCUUAUGUAGGAGGGGUUGAGUAUGCAUUUGUUUUGCUUCCACCUUUGGAGACUCUCUCAACCGUUGAGGAAACUUGUGUGAGGGAAAAAGCUGUGGAUUCGCUUUGUAGAAUUGGUGCUCAGAUGAGGGAGAAUGACUUGGUUGAGCAUUUCGCACCUCUGGCUAAGGAAAUUGAUAGGUUGAAGUUGUUUACAUCCAUUUUGGUUGAUCUAAGAGAACAUCCAGCAGAUAUUUCUGGCUUUAGCGCUCUUUUGGGUUGUGGUUGUGUACGUGACCAUAAGUCGCGACUUUCAGCUGGUGAAUGGUUCACAGCCAGAGUAUCAGCAUGUGGGAUUUUCCAUAUUGCAUACCCAAGUGCCCCAGAUCCGCUAAAGACGGAGCUAAGAUCAAUAUAUGGUCAGCUUUGUCAAGAUGACAUGCCAAUGGUGCGCAGAGCUGCAGCAACCAAUUUGGGCAAGUUUGCUGCUACCAUUGAAUCAGCUCAUUUGAAGACAGACAUUAUGUCCAUGUUUGAGGAUCUUACGCAAGAUGAUCAAGAUUCGGUUAGAUUAUUGGCGGUUGAGGGUUGUGCUGCUCUUGGGAAAUUGUUGGAGCCCCAGGACUGUGUCGCACACAUUCUUCCUGUGAUUGUGACUUUCUCGCAGGAUAAGUCCUGGCGUGUGCGUUAUAUGGUUGCAAAUCAGCUCUAUGAACUUUGUGAAGCUGUAGGACCGGAGCCAACUAGGACGGAUCUGGUGCCUGCAUAUGCUCGUCUACUUCGUGAUAAUGAGGCUGAAGUUCGGAUUGCAGCUGCUGGAAAAGUUACCAAGUUUUGUCGCAUUUUAAACCCUGAACUCGCUAUACAGCACAUUCUUCCCUGUGUAAAGGAAUUAUCAUCAGACUCUUCUCAGCACGUCAGAUCUGCAUUGGCAUCAGUUAUAAUGGGAAUGGCUCCAGUCUUGGGUAAGGAUGCAACAAUUGAGCAUCUUCUUCCAAUCUUUCUUUCUCUAUUGAAAGACGAAUUUCCUGAUGUACGCUUAAACAUUAUCAGCAAACUUGACCAAGUGAACCAGGUUAUUGGGAUUGAUCUGCUAUCACAAUCAUUACUACCAGCCAUUGUAGAACUUGCUGAAGACAGGCACUGGAGAGUACGUCUGGCUAUAAUAGAGUAUAUUCCCUUGUUGGCCAGUCAAUUAGGUGUAGGCUUCUUUGAUGAUAAGCUUGGUGCUCUUUGCAUGCAAUGGUUACAAGACAAGGUUCACUCAAUCCGUGAAGCUGCUGCAAACAAUCUUAAGCGUCUUGCUGAAGAGUUUGGUCCUGAAUGGGCAAUGCAACAUAUAGUUCCUCAGGUUCUAGAGAUGAUUAACAACCCCCACUAUCUAUAUCGGAUGACAAUUCUUCGUGCAGUAUCGCUUCUCGCUCCAGUAAUGGGAUCCGAGAUCACAUGUUCCAAACUCUUGCCUGCGGUUGUGGAGAACAUGAUACGGCCAUGCUUGGUGGAGCUAAGUGAAGACCCAGACGUUGAUGUUCGAGGAAUUGUUGACCUAGGAGUCGACCAAGUCGUCAAAGAUCAAAACACCCUGGACGUUCUCUUCUUCAUCCAUGGCUACUUCACUCUCUGUCUCGAUCGUAUUCACCUCUUUGAACACAGCAGAGAUUGUCCUGAAGAGCUACUAGAAGCUGUUUCGGGCUUGCUCUUUGCAGCUUCAAGAAUCGAUCUCGCUGCUCGGUCUAUUGAGUUGCGCAGUAAUUGUGGGGUUGAUCCCAAAAUAAUUCAGAAGUUGUCGACAAGACAUCCACCGAAAGAAGUUAGAAUGAAAGCGUUGAAGGAGAUUGCUGCAGAGAAUAACAUUGUUCUGAAACUAGAAGAAGCUUCUACGUCCACUGAGGGAACAUCAGAUGUUAGUAAGGCUAAGCCAACAAGUGAAGAUGAGAGAGGAGAAGGUUGUGGUUUAUCUGAUUCGGUCAAGAGAGGAAAGAAGAAGUACAAAGAUGUGGCUGAUGCUGCACAAGCAGCGUCUUGUCUAGCAAUGUAGAUCUUCUGCUUACCAUACUCUUUGAACGUGAUUUUUCCAGCAUCAGCAAGACUAUCAAGUGCCUUUUGUACUGCAGUCUUCUUAAGGUUAAACUUUUGCAAAGCAUCAGCUGCAUUUUGCGUGUUAAGAGGUUUGUU